AUAUAAUUCCAUCAUAUUUUGAUUAUCAAAGAAAUAAUUUGAGAAUGGCAUCUAGUGAUGGUGUUCUUCGUGCUUCGGAGUUUGCGGCAACGCUGAAUGGCGACAAUCACCAAGCUAUCCUCAAGGUCCUCAGAGAGUUUGCUAGGGCUGUCCGGAGAGAGCGAGAGAUUGCACUUUCUCUCAGUGACGAUAGUGUUGGUGGCUCAGACGACGACGACUGGUCCGAUGACGAAAUGGAAGACGCAUGUACAGAUGAACCCCCGGCGAAGAAGCUAAAGAAGUCGGAAGAAUGGAAGGCCGACACGGCAGCGUACCACGUUCCUUUUGUUGGAACUGCUAUUGCGAGGGGGGAACGUGCAGAGGUGGUCAAGGGAGAAUGGCCGACGGGACUGGUCAAGGCAUAUCUCGAAAGAAGCCCCCUGGCGCUCGAACUCCUCAACGAUGAUUUAGCUCCCGAUGGACAGAUCCACAGGGGACUGCUCAAGAAAAAAAAGUCAAAGCUUUCUCGCGCAAUCAGCAAGGCUCAUCAACUGGCAAUCGCAGAGCUUCUUACGGUAGCAAUUCCCAUGCCCAAAUUACAAGAAGUCGAUUCGGAUGGAACUGAGGACCACAUUGUUGGGAGCAAUCCCAGCGUAAGCUUCCUGCAAGGGUUUACAAAAAGGCACCUGCCACAAGUAUUCAACGUUCUGAAUGAGGAGACAGAGCGAGGACGCGGAAAACCCGGAACGGUCGGAGGGUGUGAUUUAUUGGUCGCUCCGGCACUGAAAGUCCUGAAGCACUACAGCAUGAUAUCGACUUCGAAUGCCCGCCUCGUCGCCAGGUACCUAGAUGAAAGUCUUUUGGAAGGUGUUCUACGUGUUUGCUUGAGGCCAUUGCAAGCCAAUAAGGAAACAAAAUCGAUUUCUAAGGCACCCCGAACAGAAGCUAUUCUUCUGGCUACGUCACUCUUGCAGGCACAGGAUGCUGCAGUAAAUACAUAUAUAUGCACCGGAGGGAACAAGGAGAGAAAAGUGAAACCUGGCAUUUUGUUUCUUGCCCUUAGAGAAGGACUCGCUGUAUCCAGUGUCGUGAAGACCAACGACGAAAAGUACAUGGACGCUGCCAUCGAUAUGCUUGAAAAAGUACGAGUUUCACUAUUCUCCCGUGCGAGCGUUACAAAUGCUAGACUUCGAUUUAACUUGAUGGCUCGUGAUCCUCUGCAACAUUUGUGUCGGCUCUCAUUACACGCCCCACCUCUCGCCAAAAAUAGUUCGUUUGUUCAGGUUCUUGACGCCAAAGACAAUGAAGACGAUGAGUUGGAAAGUUCGUUAGAGGAUCUUGGGGUCGAAGCCAGACGACUGCUUUUUCCAUUGUUGUCGGAUUCGGUGGUAUCUCCAUUCCUCCCUAAUUUCGGAGCCGAUCAAAUUGCUCGAUCGAUGAUACGGUUGCUCGAAUCUCAAAAGGCAGGCGUCGAAUUGCGUCGCUUCCUUCUCUAUUGUACAAAGCAAAAUCCAACGUUGAUUACAGAACUCUUUACCAUGUUGGCGAUGCCGGAUGCAAAGAAUAGCUUUGCUUUUGUUUCCCGAGCAAGUUUCAUAACACUUCUUCUGAGCCAGGGUCCAUCUGCAAGAAUCUGCUUGUCGUCGAAAAUUGGAGGGAGACCCAUACUCGUCGAUGACGUGUUACCAGUAUUGUUUCCAAUGAAACUGAAAGGCCAGUUCUUUGCAAAAUCAUUAAAUAAUGGAAACCAUCUUGUCCGACUCGAAUGUUUCAAAAUGAUUAUUGUUAUAUUGAACCGCUUUCAAUCACUCAGGGAAGAAGGCACGACGAUGUACAAAUGGGACAAAAGAUUCAUUGAAAGAUUAAGGGAGGCUACCUUUCAAUGGCUUCCGGAUUUGCAAAUUCUUCUGUCGUUGCGAAGCCGCUUUGAUGGAAUAUCGAGCUACAAGUGCGGAGCAAUCCUAUCGGAUCAUCUGUUUCGGAUUAUUGAGUCUUACGUCGCUUUGUCGCCAAGUUUUGUGGAAUCACAAAAUUUCGAUUGGAUAAAACUUUUACCGGGUGAUGCCCAACAAUUCAAUCGAGUUCUGCCCUUGCUGCAGGUUCGUAUCUUAAAAUGCCUACAGACCAUUAUUGGGUAUUGUCAACGAGAAUCGGAUCACCUGUUACUAUCCUCGAAGAUCAUUUUUGAGGUGAUGCUAUCUACGAAGAGUACACGGAUACACACAAUGUGCCAGAAGAUUAUUUCAACAUUAAUGGCUACCGCAUUAUUAUCGCAAGCGAGCAAUGAAGUUUCUACCGAGUGGAUCCAAGAAGAAAUCUCAAAUUGGAUCGAUGGCGUUUCCAAUUCAACUUUACCUACCGUAUUCAAGCUUUUGCAAAGAGUUCUGAACAGUACAUGGCCCCAAUUAGCGUUUCUUGGUACCGCCUGGAAAAGAUAUCAUGUGUCCAAAAAUAUGAAUUUCACACCUCUGCUUGUUGGGGCUUUUUCGACAGCCGAAAAUUUUUCAGAGUCAUUUAUUUCAUUGGUUGCACAAGUCACUGCAAGAUCGUUAGUGCGGUUGCGGAAUCCGCUUCCUUUGGCUGCUGUGAUAGUACACUCAAAGAGUCAAAAAUUUGGCGUUGCCCAGGGCAUAUUUUUCGAACCAUUAGUUGACUAUGCGCAAGCAAUCUUGAAUUUGGACAAGACGGAUGACAACAUUAGACAGGCACUUUCGAAGCGAUUUCUAAGCACACAUUUCGAUGGCGAUUCGCUCUACCCAGAGAUACCUGAUGUUCUUGUUGGGACCAAACCUAUUGAUACUUUAAGAACCCAGGAUGGGAGUGACCUAGUCUCUUUAUCUCCGGCAAGGCUUUUCUCAUUCAUCAAAUUACUAAAUCAUACCUUCAUAUUUUUGGGUAAACAUGGAUCAAUAAAAACACGAUAUUGGCGAAUUAUCCAUCGAAUACUUCCUACUUUGCUUUUGGUAAGUUAAGAGAUGGCUGAAAUUGUGUCUAACUUCACUUCUCAAAGAUUUUGCAAUUAGAAAUAUCCUCACCUUUUCCAUUUCCUUUAAGCAUCCAUUAACCACAACAAUGGAAAGGAAGAUAUCUUCGAUGCUGACUGAUAUCUUUGCUAUUGAAAAUAUUAUGCCGAAUCCUAAAUUUGAUGAACUUAAUAUGUUGAUUUUAUCGUGUCCAUUUUCGACAUCGAAUCAAUUCAUUCAGACGCG